CUGGGCUGCCAUACCCUUUGUUUGCUUUUAAAAAUAAUUUCAAUUUCCUGUAACGAGACCAUAAUCGCAUUAGCUCAAAAUCAACGCUGUAUAUGCACCAAGCAUUCCUUGUAAUCUGGCUACACCUUUGUUAGCGAAUGAAGCCAACAAGCGCGGUGAUUUUUCUUCUUUGUGGACAGCAACUUUAAGUAAUUUUGGUACAUUUGCAAUUAAAAAACAUCUAGGAGUAUUAAAAAACAGAAAAUUGCUUAAAACUUUUGGAAAAUUGAACUGCGGUGGUUGCAUUUUCAGUAGAGGGAGCAGGCAGAUGAGAAACUUUACAUUCUGUAAAGCAAAUUUGGUGAAAAACGUGAAACAAUAGCCGCAAAAUAUAAUAAAAGAGAUGUUUCUUUGUAGAAGUUGCCAAAUUAGGACCAGCAUCUGUGCUGCCCUUCCUCCAACGACCGCAUGACUGCUGCACAACAUUGAGCGUCUGCCCCAUUCCUAUCCGUUUCCUACUCUUUGUAUGUACUAUAUAGAACCGCCAGCAAAAUCACCAUCAAAACUGCACGCAACUUCGAACACUCCUCCCCCGUGAGCAGAAGUAGCAGCAGCAACUGCGGUUAUAGCUUCAGCUCUGACAGCGCAGAAGCUGCAUCAGCGUCAGAUAACAUCAAUUCCGGCUCCGGAACCCAUAGCAUGACCGACUACAGCGACUUGGAUCGCCAGAUCGAGCAGUUGAAACGCUGUGAAAUCAUUAGAGAAAAUGAAGUAAAGGCGCUCUGUGCGAAAGCGCGUGAAAUUCUCGUGGAGGAAGGGAAUGUGCAGCGCGUCGACUCACCCGUUACAGUUUGUGGGGAUAUCCACGGUCAGUUCUAUGACUUAAAAGAAUUGUUUAAAGUUGGUGGCGAUGUGCCCGAAAAGAACUAUCUAUUCAUGGGCGAUUUCGUGGAUCGUGGCUACUACAGUGUGGAAACAUUUCUGCUGUUGCUGGCACUCAAAGUCCGCUACCCAGAUCGCAUCACCUUGAUACGCGGCAAUCACGAAUCUCGCCAAAUUACCCAAGUAUAUGGAUUCUAUGACGAAUGUUUGCGCAAAUAUGGAUCUACUGCCGUUUGGCGCUAUUGCACCGAAAUCUUUGACUAUCUCAGCCUCUCGGCUAUCAUUGACGGAAAGAUAUUCUGCGUGCAUGGAGGCCUAUCGCCAUCUAUACAGUAUUUGGACCAAAUAAGGACGAUUGAUCGCAAGCAAGAGGUACCUCACGACGGACCUAUGUGCGAUUUAUUAUGGAGUGACCCUGAAGAUCAGACGGGUUGGGGUGUAUCCCCACGAGGAGCUGGGUACUUAUUUGGAUCAGAUGUGGUUUCACAAUUUAAUCGAACUAACGACAUUGACAUGAUCUGCCGCGCCCAUCAAUUGGUCAUGGAAGGAUUCAAAUGGCAUUUUAAUGAGACUGUGCUGACUGUCUGGUCUGCGCCGAAUUAUUGUUAUAGAUGCGGAAAUGUGGCAGCUAUUUUAGAACUGAACGAGUACCUGCAUCGUGAUUUUGUUAUAUUUGAGGCCGCACCACAAGAGAGCAGGGGUAUACCGUCUAAAAAACCACAAGCAGAUUAUUUUCUCUAAAGGAAAAAUAGAAUCGGAUUUAUCAGACCGUAGGCGGUACUAAAGGUGACAUUUUGCCAAGUGAAUAACACAGAAAAAUGUAUAAACGAUAUUGCGAUGGAGAGAAUAUCAAACUUUUAGGGCUGUCUAGGAAAGAGUAGUAUCAUUUUUUUCGACUUUUACUUAGGCUAUUUUUUUUAGUUGUUUGUUUGCACGUUUUAUGUUAGAACGCAAAUCAUCGGUACAUAUCGUCGUUUAAAGUACAAAACCGCGUAUCAA